GUUGUGCAUAGCAUCCUUUCCGCACAACAAUUUUUUUUAUUGAACGUCGCUUCUUGCAAUCCCCACAAGUUCAAUUUUGUUACAUCAAAACUACCUGAUUUCGGCACACGUCAUGUGCAUCUCGAUCCGAUAACCUCGACAAGUUUUGCCCUUUCUUGACCGUUAUACCUUUAUAAAAAGUUAGAUAGUUACAACUUCACUCAUAGUCGCGUCGCGUCGCGUCACAGCAGCAACCAUGUCUGAAAGACGCCAUAAAUAUGUUCUGUAUCCGCCGCCUGACAAAAUACCAGUCCAGGCGUCAAGUAUACCCUCACCUAUACCAACGAGGGGACUUCGCGGCGCCCAGAGGCGUGGCAACCUAUCCCCAAGCUCGCAGUCUGAGUUGGCAGAGGAGACUACGAACAACAUCGUUGACAUCUCACCCCUAAGAAGUCAACCGCCCCCUAAAUCUCACACGGAACCAGGAGAGGGUUCAAAGGAGACUACUCAUUCAUCCUCUAUUCAUGAGCCAUUAUCGGCACAGAAGUCAUCAUUUGCAACAUCUUUGAAGACUCCUUCGUCACGAAGUGUGAAGUUUGCCUUGCCCAAUAAGGCAACUUUUGAUGAGACUAUAGAGAGCUUAGAGGAGGACUCUCCAAAGCCUUCUAAGCUCCCAAGCAUUAAUAGUUCUACUAGAUACACAGAAGCAACAAGGGUGAGAACAGGGGAUAUCAAUCCUCCUAGAGACAAUGGAGAAAGUCUUCAAGAUGGGUCAGUAGAUGAUGUAGAUGUAUCAGGAGAAAGACGUAAGGAACAGAGAACGACAGCCCCUAGUAACCCUGAGGUCAAAGACCAUGUUGCUGAAUUUCAAGCUCUUGUCGGCCCUGGAUAUCUCGGUGCCUCAACAUACGUCGCCGACCCUAGGCCCAUGGAAGACCGUAGACGUUUUGCUAGUGACGGAAGAUUUCAUAAUCAUACAUCUGUCGGCGACCACCAGCACAUUGCCGAUCGCCAGCACAUCGCCGACCCCCAGCAAGUCGCCGGCAACCCGCAUGUCGACGACCAUGUGCACGUCGGCGAUUCUAAUCAUACUGCUGAUUCCAAGCAUAAAUUUAAAACGGAUCCAGGUCACGUCCCUCUGCGCCUACCAACAAUACUUCAACUGGAACCACCCUUCCCACCCCCAAACUUUCCACCACCACCACCGCCUCGACAACGCCCAAGAGCACAAAAUCUCAAGGAAGCCAAGCCACCCCAUCACGAACAGGCUGCGUUGCCUAGAAGCACGUCGACUACGAACUUGCGUAGACUAUCAGAAGAACCAGCCGGAGGUGCUAUUUGUUCGCCCGAGGAAAUGACAACUAAUACGUUGACGGAGGACGUGGUUCAUAGAGAACCAUUAACGGCUGCUACGGUGCGAUUCCCUUUCCUUGGAGAUGAUGAUUCAGCAGUCGAGUCUUCGGUCUACUCACUUAGCACACAGUCUGAGGCUGAAUUGCUGGCCGGCCCAGUUACGAAUAACGAAGACGGCCCUAAGUCACUUACGUUGACCAACCAGGAGAUGGCAGAACUAGAGCAAGAAGUCUCUAUUUCGGAGAAGUCCCAGGCGACAGAUGCCCAGGGCUCUGAUUGCAACAACCGCAGCGCAGAGCACCCAGAGCACCCGCACAUCGAGCAGGGACAAGAGAACGAGACCGAUUUGGUCAGCUCUGCUCCGCAAAUUCAUUCUGAAUCUCCUCUGACCCAUCGCGAAACAAGCCAAGACGCACGAAAUAUCUCGCGAAUUCAUUUGACUCCUCGAAGCGUAAUGGAUGCCACCUCGGAGCUUCAGCAACUUGCUGGAAGCUACUCGCCAGAAACUCAUCCGAACACUCCUCUGGUUGAACGAUUCCAGAGAACUCUCCAGCGAGAGGUAGAUCCCGAAGAAUCUGAUUUUGAGGAGCCGCCUAGAGCCCCGGUGCCCGAACUUGAACGAUCUCGCCGUGCCCGCCGAGGCACCGAUCAGAUUCACCCGUCGUCAGUCAUUGCUGCGAGCACCCCUUCUCGAGCCCUGGGCAGCGAGAAUAUCCGAGCUAUCAUCCGCGAUGAGAUGACCGAUUUCCAAGCCAAUGAUUACACUGGCCGAGUCAGUCGACCUACUGCUUUAGCAGCAUUGCAGCAUAGUCUGUACCAACAACCCCUGCGAACCGAGGCCGGUAUGAGAACUUUCAUCCGUCAUCAGGUUAUAUUGCGCGCGCCAGGAAUCUCUGCGUUCUAGAGCAGUGCCGAGCUUCACGCGCACAAUACUACGGCUGAGGACCGAAUCUUUGAAGAACUUUCGCAAGCUAUCGAGCGCGAAGAGCAGGUUGGUCAGCCUGC